GCAUCAUCCCGCGUGCACGAAAGGGGACGCCGGACUAUAAGUAGCGACGAGCGUCAUCCCUGAACGUACAGACGCUCGUGCGCGCGGACAAAUAAAGCUCUGGUGUCACACGUUAGUGAAAACAGCAUAUCGGACGUUUUACAUCCACUGAAAAAGAUUUUGAGGAGCUCCUCGUACAAUGUUGCCUGUUGUGGUAGUCCACGGUGGUGCAGGUCUCGUUCCCAAGGAACGAGCUGAGGUCUCCGUUGAUGGGGUCAAGGAAGCAUCAAGGAAGGGUUAUGCUGUUCUGAAGUCUGGAGGCAGUGCUAUGGAUGCUGUUGUUGAAGCUGUAACCGUCCUGGAAAAUAACCCAAUAUACAAUGCAGGGCGAGGCUCAGUAUUGAAUCUGAAAGGAGAAGUAGAAAUGGAUGCUCUGGUGAUGGAUGGGAGCACGCUGGCUUGUGGUGCCGUGUCUGCAGUCAAGAGAGUGGCUAACCCAGUUCGUCUCGCCAGGCUGGUCAUGGACAAGACUAGUCACGUGUUUCUGACGGGCAAAGGGGCUUCCGAGUUUGCCAAGGACAUGAAGAUCCCUGAAGUGACUGAGGAAUCUCUGAUCACAGACUAUUCCAGGAAGCGAUGGAAGGAUAACCUGUGUCCAGACUCCAACCCUGUGCUGAGCCAGAUGGGUAAGAUGGGCACAGUUGGAGCAGUAGCUGUGGAUGUGCAGGGAAAUCUUGCUUGUGCUACCUCUACAGGUGGCAUGAUAAACAAGUUGGAGGGUCGUGUGGGAGACACUCCAUGCGUAGGGUGCGGUGGCUAUGCAGAUAACAAGAUUGGGGCAGUAUCACCUACUGGUCAUGGAGAAGCCAUCCUGAAAGUCACCCUGUCCAGGCUUAUACUUUUCCACAUGGAGCAAGGAAAAAGCCCUGAAGAAGCAAGUGACCUUGCCCUGGCGUACAUGUUUGAGCGAGUCAAUGGUCUGGCUGGAGUGGUGGUUGUGGACCCCAAAGGGACCUGGGCUGCUCGUUUCAACAGCCAACAGAUGUCCUGGGCUGCUGCACAGCAAGAGCAGCUCCACUAUGGUCUGUACAAAGGCGAGAAUUUUACUGAGCCAAUAUAGUGGCCAGCAUGCUCACUGAACAAGCUUGUCUCAAUGACAAAAAAUAUUGCCUUACGCUAUGAUUUUCACUAGAUAAAAUUACCAUCUGCUGGCCAUAGGAAUUUAUCGCCUACUGGAAGCAGUUGAUUGUUUAUACAUUCUAAUUAUAUUUAAAAGAUGAGUGGUGUCAUUUAAAUUAAAUAUUGAGUUUAAUGGGAAAACAAUAUGAUUCUGAUUUAGUUCUAAAAAUCAAACAGAGCACUGUUAUCCACUAGAUGGAGAUAAAGCACAUUUCAAGAGAAAAUACACAGAUCAACCAUAACAUUAAAACCACCUGUCUAAUAUUGUGUAGGUCCUCCAGCAAAACAGCUCUGACCCAUCAAGUUGCAAGGUGGGGCCUCGGUGGGCUACUCUAUAUCUUAACUCUAAACUCUACUCUAAAUCUUAAAAGCACACAGACAUCACAGUUUUUUGUGCUAAUUUAAUACUUAAAGGUGUAGGUCUUUAGACAUCAUUUGAGAUUGCCAGUGUUUCAGCUGUUUGGGGCAUCUAGUGGAAUUUUAUUCCACCACUAAGGUGGGACAGAGGAUAGUCUUGCCAUAUUCCUCAAUCCAUUCCUAAAUAAUAAUUUCUGCAUUAUUCUGCAGAAACAGGCCUGUGUCAUUCAAGAAUGAGUUGGAGGCAUGAAAUGGUGUACUUGGUCCGCAAUAACGUUUUGGAAGACUGUAUGUGUCACGAGUAUGUAACCUCCAUUUGCUUGCCAGGACCUAAGGUUACCUGGUAGAACAUUGGCCAGAGACUGGAGCAGACAGGCUAGAAUUCACUCCCGCACGCACCUCAGUGAGCCUUGGGCGUCUAUGACUUUGUUGUUGGUUCACUGUUUGUCCUUCCUUUGGCCACUUUUGGUAAUAAGUAACUCAGAUCCUUAAACUUUUCCUUCUUCCAGCCCACAACAUCAAGACCUGACUAUUACAGAAUGCCUAAUAUAUCUCACCCAAUUGACAGGUGACAACUAAACCUGUCAUGUUAUUCACUUCAGCGGUUUUAAUAUUAUGGUUGAUUGCUGUAUCUAAUCAGUGUUGUAAUGUAACGGAGUACAAAUACUUCGUUACUGUACUUAAGUAGAAAUUUCUCGUACAUUAUCUGUACUUUACUUCGCUAUUUAAAUUUAAGUCAACUUUCACUUUUACUCCACUACAUUUCCUAGAUAAAAUGUAUACUUUUACUCCGCUAUAUUUCCUAGAUAAAAUGUAUACUUUUACUCCGCUAUAUUUCCACUAAACAUCUUCGUUACUCGUUGCUACAAACUAAAAUCAGAAGAAAUGUGUGCGACUGCAAUAAUGGAGGUUUGGCGAAUCACUGCUCCUAGAUUGCAUUACGCUCCGUACGCUCUACAGAGGAGCACAGGCACGCACAGCAUGCACGCGCAGUCAGAGCUGGAGGCAUUUAUCUAUAACGUUAAUCGGCGGAAAGCCGCAGAUACGGCAGCCAAAAGCAGUGAAAUUUCACUAUUCUUAUUACCGAGUUGUAGCACAAACAAAAUAUUAAUGCAAACAAUCCAUUCGAUACUAAAUAAAAAUAACAGUUAUUGAUUUGGUCUUUGUCUUGUGAAUAUUUUUUAUUAAUGACUUAAUUCAUUGGACACACUGUUUGUAGAGAAUGCACACAUACAUGAACUGAUUUGAUUCAAGACUGGCAUCAUUACAUCAUGCAUAAAAUUUUGGUGUCCACUUUUGCCCUUUUAAAUAAUACCAUAACUUUACAAUAUAUAUAACCAUAUCAUACAUAAUAUAAAACUCUUCUUGUUUUAAAUCCUCACUGAGGGCUAAACCCCCUAAAGAUGAAAUCCUAGAACCGCCCCUGCUCUUAUGCCUUCCCGAAAAUCACUGAAUUUUUACUUUUUACUUUUACUUCAAAUACUUAAGUACAUUACUGUAAAUAUCAGAAAAUUACUUUUGAUACUUAAGUACAGUAUAUAUCAGAUACUUUAAGACUUUUACUUGAGUAAUAUUCUAACAGGUAACUUUCACUUCUACCAGUCUUUUUCUAGUACGAUACUUGUACUUUUACCCAAGUAUUGCUUUCUAGUACUGUAAACAACACUGUAUCUAAUUGAUAUGCUCACUCCCUGUUCUUAAUUUCUACUGUUACUGUUUAACAAAUAUUGAUCUUUAUGCAUUGACUGAUUACUUUUCUCAGGAAAUCUACAAAAUACAAUCUAUUAUUAUUCAUAAAGCUACGACUGGUAUGUAAUGUAAAUCUGUACUUUAAUGUUUAGUCUGAAUGUCUGCAAUAAAUG